AUGCUCGCCACCGCCUCCCCGCGCCUCCACGCCGCGGCGCGCCGCCUCUCCCUGGCGGCGGCGCCCGCGGGGGCCCUGCCCGCACUACGCCUCCCGCGCAGCCGCCCCGCCCGCUACGUCUCCCUGCGCCUGCGCGCGUCCGCGUCCGCGUCCGCGGCGGCCCCGUCGGCCAAGGAGGACCUCGGGUUCGACGAGAUGGCGGCCCGCACCACGCGGCGCUACUACAUGCUCGGGGGCAAGGGAGGCGUCGGCAAGACGAGCUGCGCGGCGUCGCUCGCCGUGCGCUUCGCCAACAGCGGCCACCCCACCCUCGUCGUCUCCACCGACCCCGCGCACUCCCUCAGCGAUUCGUUCGCACAGGAUUUGACCGGCGGCGCUCUCGCCUCAGUGGAAGGCACCGAUUCUCCACUGUUUGCGCUUGAGAUAAACCCUGAGAAGUCUCGUGAAGAGUUUCGGACAAUAAAUCAAAAGAAUGGAGGCAGUGGAGUGAAAGAUUUCAUGGACGGCAUGGGCCUUGGGAUUCUUGCUGACCAGCUUGGGGAGUUGAAACUGGGGGAGCUAUUGGACACACCACCACCAGGACUGGAUGAGGCAAUAGCAAUUUCUAAGGUUAUACAAUUCCUCGAAGCACCAGAAUAUAGCAUGUUUAGCCGCAUUGUAUUUGACACAGCUCCUACGGGCCAUACACUUCGGUUACUAUCCUUGCCAGACUUCUUGGAUGCAUCAAUUGGGAAGAUCUUGAAGCUUAGGAGCAAAAUUGCUUCAGCAACAUCAGCUAUUAAAUCAGUUUUUGGACAAGAUGUUCAACAGCAGGAUGCAGCAAACAAAUUGGAGCAACUCAGAGAAAGGAUGGUCAAGGUGCGGGAGCUUUUUCGUGACACAGAGUCAACUGAAUUUAUUAUAGUGACAAUUCCAACGGUCAUGGCGAUCAGUGAAUCAGGAAGGUUACAUUCUUCAUUGCAAAAAGAAAGUGUUCCAGUAAGAAGACUCAUCGUCAACCAAGUUCUACCACCUUCAUCAUCAGAUUGUAAAUUUUGUGCUAUAAAAAGAAAGGAUCAAGCGCGUGCUUUGGAUAUGAUAAAGAAUGAUCCAGAGUUGAUGGAGUUGCAUGUAAUGCAAGCACCUCUUGUGGACAUGGAAAUCAGAGGUGUUCCUGCUCUCAAGUUUUUGGGUGAUAUAGUGUGGAAGUAACCUUAGUUUGCGGAAAGUAGGAUAACUUCAGGGAAACUACUGGGGUGAUACGAUGUUAACUUUUUUACACCGUUAAACCGUCGAUCCAAUCCAAGAAACAGCAUGAGCAGAUCUGCAGAGCUACUGGAUAGAUUGCAGCUUAGCAGAUGCACAUGUACUAAUCUGAGUAAAUAACAUCAAAUCGGAGGAUUUUGCUGAGCUAGCAUCUGUGAUUUGCUCUACUGACAGUAAUAUAGGAUUGAAAAGGAAGGUGCUUCGAUCA